AUGAAGAGGCGACUCUAACAGGCGUGUUUUAUGGACUGGUAGUGCGCAUGCGCAAUGAGAGGAGUCCUUGGCUGCUCGGCCUGCUGGAGGUUACAGAUCCGGUGACACACAGACACAACAUGCAGAGCUGGACGCAGUUAUACCGCUCUCUGGCCACGCGGAGCCACCACCUUCCCUGCAAACUGCACGGAGCUGCAGCGCUGUCCGUCAGAACCUACGCUGACAAAGCAGCAAUCGAUGCAGACGUCACAGUGGUGGGCUCCGGGCCAGGCGGCUACGUCGCCGCCAUCAAAGCCGCGCAGCUCGGUUUCAAGACGGUGUGCGUUGAGAAAAAUAUCACGCUGGGUGGGACCUGUCUGAACGUCGGCUGCAUCCCCUCCAAGGCUCUGCUGAACAACUCCUACUUGUACCACUUGGCUCACGGCAAGGACUUUGAAAGCAGAGGCAUCGAAAUUUCAGGCCUCUCGUUGAACCUGGAGAAGAUGAUGGCUCAGAAGAGCGGAGCGGUCAAAGCGCUGACCGGAGGAAUCGCACAUCUUUUCAAACAGAACAAAGUGACCCAUGUCAACGGUUACGGGAGGGUGACCGGUAAGAACCAGGUGACGGCCGUAGCAGCAGACGGCAGCGAGCAGGUCAUCAAUACCAAAAACAUUCUCAUCGCCACCGGCUCUGAGGUCACGCCCUUCCCCGGGAUCCAGAUUGAUGAGGACACCGUGGUGUCGUCAACAGGAGCUCUAUCCCUGAACAAAGUUCCAGAGGAGAUGAUUGUGAUCGGAGCCGGAGUCAUCGGAGUCGAGCUGGGGUCAGUUUGGCAGCGUCUGGGCUCUAAAGUCACAGCGGUGGAGUUCCUGGGUCAUGUGGGCGGCAUGGGCAUUGACAUGGAGAUGUCCAAGACCUUCCAGCGCAUCCUGCAGAAGCAGGGACUCAAGUUCAAGCUCGGCACCAAAGUCAUGGGCGCCACCAAGAGGCCCGACGGCAAGAUCGAUGUGGCGGUGGAGGCGGCGGCCGGAGGGAAGAACGAGACCCUGACGUGCGACGUGCUGCUGGUCUGUAUCGGCAGACGACCUUUCACCCAGAACCUGGGUCUAGAUUCUGUCGGCAUUGAGCUGGACAACCGGGGCCGCAUCCCCGUCAACAACCGCUUCCAGACCAAAGUACCCAGCAUUCAUGCGAUCGGUGACGUGGUCGCUGGGCCGAUGUUGGCCCACAAGGCCGAGGACGAGGGCAUCAUCUGCGUGGAGGGCAUGGCCGGCGGCGCCGUGCACAUCGACUACAACUGUGUUCCCUCCGUCAUCUACACACACCCCGAGGUGGCCUGGGUGGGCAAGACAGAGGAGCAGCUCAAAGAGGAGGGCAUCCCGUACAAAGUCGGCAAGUUCCCCUUCGCAGCCAACAGCCGAGCCAAGACCAACGCCGACACUGACGGCAUGGUGAAGAUCCUGAGCCACAAGGAGACGGACAGGAUGCUCGGAGCUCACAUCGUCGGAACUGGGGCAGGAGAGAUGAUCAAUGAAGCUGCUUUGGCCAUGGAGUACGGCGCUUCCUGUGAGGACAUCGCCAGAGUCUGCCACGCCCAUCCUACGGUGUCGGAGGCCUUCAGAGAAGCAAACCUGGCCGCCUCCUUCGGCAAAGCCAUCAACUUCUGAUCCCCUGCUGCCGCCGCUGUCGCAGUCGCACCUUCAGUGUAAAUAACAAGAGGAGGAAACAGGAAGCUGUGUGUGUGUGUCUGCGUCCAAACCUUCAUCCAACCCACCGGCAUCCAACUGUACCACAUUUAGCUCUGAUGUUAUUUAAAUGUUCUCAAUAAAACGAUAAAGGAGGGGUUAAACACUGACUGCAGAUCAGUCUUCUUGCUUUCCAAACAUACAUAGUUUAAAAGAAUAUUAUUCACUCAUUUACAGCACAUAGAGAUCUAAAUAUUAUUUUUGGCUGGGUGGCUGCGCUUUCUCUUGUAAAGGAAGAAGUUUUUGUUUCUCUGUUUUUUACAGAAUCUAACACCACAAAUCGGAUGUGUGACCUGAGCAGGAAACUGUACGUUUUAAAGGUUAAAUCCACUCUUAAAGUUACAAUCAGUGGUAUCACAGCAGGUGUUUUAACCCUGGAUUAUCAAUAAAUUUAGUAUGAAAAUCAGAAAUAUAUAGAAGACUUUUUUGAGAAAUUGUCGACUAAAUUUAGUAAUUUGCAUAAUGUCUUCCCCCAAAUCAAUAUUUCUCAUUAACCUGUAUUUAACAAAUGGUAGCAUAAAAAGUUGCAGACAAAACAAUAUAAAAUCAUAAACGAUCAUUUGUACUUUGAAAUGUUUUUUAAGGUUCACUUCCUAGCUUUUUUCCAAAACCUUCAAACACGUCAUGACAACUGAGCACAAUCCAUUCACUGAGAUGUGGUUGAAAGCUCCUGGAAGAAGCUAGUAAGUCCACCUUGAGUUAACAUUAUAUCUGGUAUGAUUUCAAGCCUGAAGAUUAAAAUCAAAGUAUAAAAGAGUGUGGAUGACAAACGGAGGGAAGGUGAUAAUUUGAGGGAGUAAAGUAAUUUAAACAACUUUAAAUUUCCCUGUGGAGUUUUAAACCUCCUCAUGGAGCUGUGGGUCCAUGUUUUCUUUAUCUCGUGCUGAUCUACAGGUGGCCGUUACACGCCAAGAUAUGCAGCAAUGCACCAAAAAAGGCAGGGAAGAAGCUAGUAAACAAUGCAGGAUUUGAAAUACUUUAAAUCUGCACAAAGGACAUGCACUCCAGUGUUUUGGUGAUAACACUAAACGUAAACAUUUGUUUACUACAAAACUCCAUGGUGCACCUUUAAGUUCAACACCUGCUGUGACAUUACUGAUCUAUGCAGAACUACAGUGUUGUUUUACCCGUUAAAACACCAGUAUAGAUCCAGUGUAGUUGGUAGUUUCCUGCUCUGGUUGCUUCGCUGUGAUUGGCUCUGGCCUGCUCUCGCUCAUCUCACCAUUUAAACCAAUAAAUCCAGUACCAGUUGAAUAAGA